CUUACAUUAGCCAGUUUUUCCGAAACCCGUUGGUUGACCUCCGGUCUAGGUACAGCAUAUUGAUUAAAAACAUGGUGGACCAGGAGGUGGUGAAUAAACGACUGCCCCGAAUUGCAGCAUGCCUUCAAAUGAGAUUCCCUCCAGAUCGAGAGCCGAGCCUAAGGACUCUCAGGGGCAAAAGUGGGGUACACGGACAAGACCUCGGCGAUGGUGAUGGGGGUGUAGGAAGGCCUAGAACCCCAGUCCUUCCAGGGGAGGUGUUGACAGAAGAUUCGGGGCCUUUGCAGGCAUCAUCCUCCCCCAAACCUGUCUUGGUAGGCCCCCGCCUGGUGCUUGACCCCAUGCUGGUGGACUAUUCUGAGAAUGAGGACGACUCCGAUGAUGGGUUAUCCCUCCCUGAUAUGGCUCCCAACCAGGACGUGAGCUUAAUUGAACAGGAGCUUCGGGAUGAGUCAGACGAACGUUGCCGCAGCCCCAAGAGAGGGAAAAGAGAUGGAGUGGGUUUGUCAGACUGGCACAAACAUCGGGUUGCAGCAGUGUGCAGCAUGAGGUUUGACGACCUCAUGGAGAAGAAUCCGGAAUUCAAAGACUGUAAGAGCUGCCUGGCGGCCUUUGUCCUGGAGAAAGAGGUGCGUGACACCCGUGGCCUGCCCUGUGAACUCUACGAGGUGGUCGCCUUGGGAACGGGCCAGGGGAGCUGCAGCGGCUGGCAGUGCUUCAACGGCACCGUGGUGCACGACUGCCACGCCAUCGUCACCGCCAGACGUGCGCUCAAAAGGUUCCUGUUCAAGCAGCUCCUGCUGUUCUUCAGCCAGGAGCCGGGGCGUGAGGAGCGCUCCAUCUACCAGAACGCCUCCCAAGGCGGCCUCCUCCAGCUCAAGCCCCGGAUCUACCUCCACCUGUACACCAGCCAGACCCCCAAAGGAGCCGCGCAGUGUGUUCUCAUGAAGUCCCUAAACAGCAGCUACACCUCCCUGAAGCUGCAGUGCCAUGCCAAGGGCUCCCUGAUCCCCGCGGCCAUCCUCCACCCCAGCGUGUGGGGGUCCCGGAUCUGCUGCAUGUCGGACAGUGACAAGCUCUGCCGCUGGACGGUCACUGGGGUCCAGGGGGCGCUCUUGAGCCAUUUCCUGCAACCGCUCUACAUCACCAGCGUGGUGCUGGGGAACUCCAGCCACUACUCUGAGAAAGUGUCGGACACCAUCAACACGCGCCUGGGGGAGAGCUGGGAGCAGCAGCUGCCGGAGCCCUUCAGGAGCCAGAAGAUCUUCUUCCUCAGCGGCGCGGGCCUGGGGCCUCCCGUCUGCGGCCUCUACUGUAGAGACCUCAGCGUCAACUGGUGCCUGGGGGACGCCAGCGUCGAGGUCAUGGACUGCACAAAGGGCCUCGUUGUCGAAGGCUCCCCGUCUGUGAGCGGACCUGGUCUCACCAGCAGACUGUGCAAGAGAGCCCUCUACAGCUACUUUCGCAAAGUGGCAAAGCUGGCAGGACACCAGUGCCUACUGGAACUUCCCACAUGCCGCAGUGUCAAGGAGAAGGCCAGAAUGUACCAGAAUGCCAAAACUGUUGUUAACCAGCAGUUUCUGUCCAAUAACGCGGGGCCCUGGAAUUCGAAACACCUGGUGGACUGCUUCAGUCACUGAGCCGUUCCUGUAGGGCAGCCUCUCUAAAUCCUGGUCCUCAAGAGCCCCCCCUGCCCUGCAUGUUGGAGAUGUUUCCCUCUUUCAGCACAACUGAUUUAAACGAAUAGGUCGUUACGAAGCUUAGCAAAAGACUGAUAAUUACCCAUUUAUUUGAAUCAGGUGUGCUGUAGCAGUGGAGUAUCUAAAACAGGGGUUCCCAAUCCUGGUCCUCGGGCCUC